AUGAUGCAGCAGGACGAGUCAAACUCUCCAGUCUCCCCCGCCGACGACAGCUUGAGCAACAGCGAAGAGGAACCGGACCGACAGCAGCUGCCCAACAAGAGAGGGGGGCGCAAGCGGCGCUCCAGCCGCCGCAGCGCCGUCGGGGCCGCGGACGAGCCCUGCAGCCCGGCCCAAGGCAAGCGGGGCAAGAAGUGCGGGGCGGGCGGGGGCAGCGGGGGAGGCGGCAGCAGCAGCGGCGGCGGCAGCCCCCAGUCCUACGAGGAGCUGCAGACCCAGCGGGUCAUGGCCAACGUACGGGAGCGGCAGCGCACGCAGUCGCUGAACGAAGCUUUCGCCGCCCUGAGGAAGAUCAUCCCCACGCUGCCCUCGGACAAGCUGAGCAAGAUCCAAACCCUCAAGCUGGCGGCCAGGUACAUCGACUUCCUCUACCAGGUCUUACAGAGCGAUGAGCUGGACUCCAAGAUGGCAAGCUGCAGCUAUGUGGCCCACGAGCGGCUCAGCUACGCCUUCUCAGUAUGGAGAAUGGAGGGCGCCUGGUCCAUGUCUGCAUCCCACUAG